AUGACUAAAUCAGAUAUUGAGGAACUAAAACGAGAGGAAAGCAUAUGGAGGUGCAACCCCUGCACUGAAGAAAGAAGAAAAUCAAAAAUAUUGGAAGAUAGGGUAGAUGGUGAUUUUCUGACUUUGAAUGAUAUCAUGAUAACUUUUCAAGAAUUGAAGAAUGAAAAUCGGAGGUCUUUCCAGGACUUUAAUAAAGCAUAUGAGGUUCUUAAUAGCAAGAUGGAAGAGAACACUGCCGCCCUAAAAGAGCAAACCGCAAAGGUUGAUGAAUACAUGAAGAUUGUAGAAGAACUUAAAGCUGAAAAUAAAAGUUUAAAACAACAAGUAGUAGUCCUGGAAGAGAGGCUGGUUGAAGUGGAGCAAUAUUCACGAAGAAAUACAUUAGAAAUUUACGGAGUUCCGGAAGAAAAAAAUGAAGACACUUUAGAAACUGUUAAAAAAGUAGGGGCUGCGCUGAACAUGACUAUUGAAAAUGACAUAGUGGACGCAUAUCAUAGGAUAUAUAAGAAACCAGGCACAAAAGGACCAGCUGGAAUUAUUGUAAAGUUUGUAAGGAGAGGAGAUAAAGAAGAUAUGAUCCACAAGAGGAAAGUUAAACGUGAGUUAUCUACUCGACAUAUAAAUCUACCGAUGGACAGUCAAAUUUAUAUUAAUGAAUCUCUUUGUCCUACAAAAAGGAGGCUGCUCGCCCUGGCACGGGUCAAGAAGAAGGAACUCGGUUAUGCAUUCCUGUGGGUGCGAAAUGGAAAAAUCUUUAUGCGGAAGAAAGAAGGUGACCGUGGGAAAGAAAUAGUCAGUCAGCAGGACCUACAGAAUUUGUGA